AUGCGCAGCCAGCUCUUUGACCGCGACGCAGGCAACUACAAGCCGUGGAUGAAGGGCCGCAAGACGAUCUCGCGCGACAAGAAGAGCUACUUUACGACGCUGUUCGGCAUCACGGUCGGCUUCGGUCUCGGCGCGUACGUGAUCAUUGCGGCGUGCCUCAAGGUCGACCAUUACGACUACUGCCCCGUGCUCGACGACGACUUUACCGGCGACUCGCUCGACAUGACCAAGUGGAAAGUCGAGGAGCGCAUCGGCGGCGGCGAGUCGAACGACUUUACCUUCUUCACGGGCCACAACCACUACGUCGCCGACGGCAGCCUCUUCAUCGUCCCGACCCUGACCAACGAGACGAUGAUCCCGGAGGACUAUGCCGUCUUGAACAGCACGUUCAUGCAGCUCGGCAGCGCGUGCGACUCGCUGCACCAGUCGGACUGCCAGAUCGUCGCCGACACGGAGAUGAACCAGACGCUCGUCAUCCCGCCCAUCCAGAGCGCCAUGAUCUCGACUCGCAACAAGGUCUCGAUCAACUACGGCCGUGUGACGAUCCGGGCCCGCAUGCCGACUGGCGACUGGCUGUGGCCGCAGAUCUCGCUCGUGCCGCUCACCGAGGAGUACGGUCGGUACCCGGCGUCGGGCCUGAUGACGCUGUUCGAGUCGCGAGGCAACAAGGCCCAGCACCGCCUCGACCAGCUCAACAACGAGGCCGUCACCGGCCUGCACUGGGGCCCUGCCGACUCGCCGUCGUUCGACCGCUUCUACCUCACCCAGGGCCUGUACAAGGUUUACCGCAACUUCUUCAACCAGCGCACCUACGAGUUUGGCCUCGACUGGACGCCCAACAGCGCGACGAUGUGGAUCAACUCGCGCGUGCGCAUCAUGUUCCGCUACGGCUUUGGCGGCAGGACGUUCUGGGACCUCGGCAAGUUCGGCUACUCGUACGGCAACGGCACCAUCAUCAGCAACCCUUGGGCCGGCGCCGAGAACCAGCACAUCGCGCCGUUCGACCAGGAGUUCUACCUGCGGAUCGCGCUCCUCGCCGGCGGCACCGACGGCUACUGGAGCGACAACCUCCCGAACAAGCCGUGGCGCAACAGCGACGACCGCCCGCAGGCCAUGUCGCGGUUCCUCGAGUACCUCCCCAUCUGGUGGCCGACGUGGCCGAGCGGCGACAAGAUCCGCCAGCGCGGCCUCGAAAUCGAGUCGGUCAAGAUGUACCAGAUGGUGCCUCGAGGCGAGUCGUGCGCGGCGCUCAACUAGUCGCCGUCGUUCUCUCGAGGCGGGCCCUCGAAGCAACUUCUCCUCGUCCAUCCCUUCCCCGUUGUCCCCUCGUCUAGGUUUCUCUCAGGUUGUCGCACGCAUGCAUUAGACACAUAGAUGUACAUGAAAAGGGCCCGUUCUCCUCG